GAGCGGGGCCGAACCCGGGUCGGACUUACGUUCGGCCGGUCGGAGCUUUCGUGCCGCGCUUUCGGGGUAGGGAUGGUGGGGACGCCGUACGCCCGUCUACAUCUACGUGGUACGCGCGCUACGCGUUCAGUUCCCGGGACACAGACUCGCUGAGGGGAGUCGAGUGCGACGGCGGCGGUUCCGUGCGGCAAUAAUAUUUGUUUAUUUCGUGGCCGACGCGAGUGGCGGUCCGAUUUCGGCGGACCCGAUCUGUUAAACUCAAACUGAAAACUGACGACGGACCCGAUUGUGGAUUUGAACUGUGCUUUUUAAUAAAGGACUUACUCAUAAAACUAUCUUUUUUUAUUUUCAUUUCCUUUAUUUGGUGGUCGGCUGUGUUUUGUAAUUGUCAUGACAUGAUGUUUUAGUGGAACAAUAAUUUGGUUGGCUGUGCUUUAUUAUGGAGCUUUUUAUUAAAAGUAACCGAAGUGCUACAAUGUAACGGGCAGCAAUAAAGUUUCGCCAUGGAUGUCCGAUGGUCCAUCUUUAUACGCUACGCUUUCAUCCUCUUCGGCUCGCUGCACCUCACCGCAACGUUCAAGCAACAAGGACAGUGCUUCUUCCCCAAACACUGGGAGGGAAAUUGGUUCCAGUCGGGGGUGCGGCAACCGGUGCUGAUCGAAGGAUCCCGCCUGAGCACGAAAGGACGAUGCCUCGCCUCCGAGGGCGACAAGUUCGUGAUGCUGGACGAGAAAAGGGCGUGCUAUCGAUGCGUCGUGAUCCACCAGAAACACCCCAACGUCCUGCAGUACAAAGAAACUUUUUGCCACGGACGCGACGCGUUGCCGACCCUGUGCAGCUUGAUAACGGGGGACGCGUUGCUCUUCUCGCUGUUCAGGGAGAACGCCCAAUCUGUACCGUGUCCGUUCCGCGGUCCGUUCACGUUCACGUACAACCGCGGCCACGGCGAGUGCAGAUCGCCCGUCUCCAGCAUCGACAGCUGCACCGAGGAGAGCCGGCUGCUGCUCAGCUAUCAGGCCUGUCCUGACAUACAUUCGUCGGAGAGUACCGUGGAGGAGCUGCAGUGUUUGGCGCUGUGGAAGGAGGGCAGCUCCAGAUACCUGGUCGGCAAGGUGCACCACAACCACGCCACGUCGAACGAGGACCGUUUCCGGUGUUUCGUCUACGAAAAAACGUCGCCGUCGUCCGAGGCGCAGGACGGCGUCGAUUACAGGGUGGCGCAGAGCGGGGACGCGACCUGCAACGGACUCUUCAGCGCCAGCGAGGGCAGCAGGACCAUGACGCUCAAAAGAGCCCCCACCGUGAACAAGUGCCGCUUCCCCCCCUGGGUGGCGAAUUACAACCACUGGCACACUUUGGACUACGCGGCGACUUACAGUUUUCAUCACAGGAAUUCCACCCUAAGGAUAACGAAUUCAAGUGGACUCGAAAUGAGAGUUGUUUGUUCGCAAGUGAAAUAUUCGUCGAGAGAUGAGAACACCGUGAUUCUUCUGACGCAUUUCACGACCGGAUGCCAGAGCGGUUUCACGUGCAUGUCGUUCUAUCGGCGCGACGUCCACGUCAUCGAAGUGCAAAUUGGGGCGCACGCCAAACGACAGGAGGACGCCUGCGGACCCGCAUUCUUCAACAGGACCAAUUUGCCCUACGUCACUUUAGUCACAACCUCUCCGGAAACCAGAGCAUGUCCCUACAUGGGCAAGUUCGUGGUCAGCAACCUGAUCCGCAGCGAGCGCAGCAUCUACGACCCGGACUCCCGCUUCUACUUCAACAAGCUGGCCCCCUCGACCUUCGACGACAACCUGAUCAGACGGGUGAAACGGGUACGCGAUGACCCGGAGUGCAACCGAGGCUUCAGCAGCCUGAUCAUCGGCUGCAACAACGUCGACACCAUGGAGUUCCGUACGGAAUGUUCGACCCCCGACAUAAUCACCACUUACUCCUGCCACGGAAGAUGGACGGAGAACGGCACCAACUAUCUGAUAACGACGCCGCUGAGCCGGGCCUCGCACGGCGCAAGAAGAUACUGCUUCAUUUACAAAGAGUCCGGGCCCGAUUUGCUGCUGUUCUCGACGUCGGGAGACAAUUGCGAUCGCAUUGUUCGUCCCGGAAUUACCGGGGAAUUAGUUUUCAACGUAACAAACACUGGUAAAUGUAUCCAGACCAGCUCUUCCCCAACAACUUCAUUAUCAUGUAGUGUAAUUUUAGUAUGUCUUAUUUUAAAUAUCCUUAAUAUAAACAAUGUUGUAAGGGUUAUUCAGAGAUGAUUAACAUAUUAGUAAGUUAGGGAAUAUGUAAUAAUGAGACUGUAUAUUUUAGUCCGAAAGGCAAUAUUUUCGUUGUGAAUGAAUCGGGGUUGUGGUAAAUUCGGGUGAUUGGAAAAUACGUUAAUCAACAGCCAAAAGAAGUCAUCCCCUCUGCACAGCAUCUUGCUUAUUAAUAACUCAAAAGUUGAUUUGUCGACCAAUUUCCUGUUGUUGGCUUCAUAUUUUCCAUCACUAGAAUGUCUGUAAAUUGUACGGUAAAUAUACUUUAAUCUGUGAUUACAGCAAUUUAGAAAAACUUAGCUCUUAUAUACCCUCUAAUGUAGUCAUAAACUAUCACAUUUGUAACCUCCUCGAAUUAGCUUCAAUUGUUUUUAACCCCCACUUUAUAACUUAGCUAACUUGAUGGUUUUCAACAGGACUCAAAGAAGUAACCAAAAGAGCUAGAGUAGCCCAUUCUCAAUGUUUGACAUAUCAUAGAGAAACAGUUUUAACAUAUAACCAUCAGGUUCGUUAACCCACUCCUGUUUAGAUUAAAAAAUAGCUAAAGAAACUGUGAUUCAUUUUCGGUAAUCUGAGGAACCUAACAUGACGGUCAUAAUAUCAAAAGAAUUAGCUCGUUCCAUCAAAAUUGUCUUAGGACCCGGAUGACCUUAGGUUUAACGUUUUUUCUAUUAGGUUUAAGACAAUAAAACCAUAAUAUUUUGUGUUAGGUUACUUGGAAGGCAGAGAGAGAGAGAGUAAAAAAAAAGAAACAUUUUAUUGAUGUAAUAAUAAAAUGCUUGCAACAAAUACGUAUUUUUGCACAAGAACACAAUGCUUAUUUUAAAUACUUGUAUUUAAAUUUGGAGGGUGAUAUUUUUGGUAACUGGAAGCAAUAUUACAGUUGUGUUUGAAUUGAAACAAAAAAAAAAAUCAAGUCUACGACUGCCAUUGAUUUCGAUUGAUUUAAUCAGUUCUUUCGUAAGCAAUAAUAUAAGAUAGGUGGUAGAAUUUGUAUAAAUAUACAAUGUUAAAUAUAUGAUUUAUUGUAUAAUAACAAUGUUAUCAUAAUGUAAUCAUUAAUAUUGUUAGUAAUGUUUUUAGCACAGAUCUACUUCAGUAUACAAGUACAAAUGUGUUAAAGUUUUCAAGUUUACAAUUAAAAUACGGUAGUUUAAAUAGUAAUUUCCAUAUUUUUAAAAACAUACUGCAUCAAAACGUUUUCUGUCCCUAGAAACAUUGUUUUAUUAUUGCAACAAACAAGUUAAUCGAAAACUGAUUGUCCAAUCAGUGAUUAUCGAUGUGCUAAAUUAUUAUUAACAACCCAACAAUCCCACAAACAAGGAACGUUUUCAGCUGAAAUGUUCAAGCCGAAAAACAUACAAAAAAAAAAUAAAAUUUUGCGAUCUGCAAUCAUGUAACUGUAUAAUAUGUAUAAUUUACUAACAAAAUUAGUCGAUUUAGGGUAUAGUUUAAACAUGUAAAAAUAGAAUUAAAUAAAUUUAAAAUAGUCUCCGUAGGAAGUAGUCUGUUUUUUUACAAAGGCAGAAUAUGUAAAACGCGGAGUAACUUAUUUGUAAAGUUGUUUGUUGUUUUGUUUAAAAAAAUCCAGGCUCUGGCGAGUGGAAUAAAUGAUAUUUUAGUGUACAUAUUGCUGUGGCAACGGUGAAGUUUUGUUUUGCCAAAAAAUUACUGUUCUCUAUAGAUGAGUUACUCCGUGUUGAAUGAAGAAUGGUGCCUUGGAUGUUUUGUUUGUUUGAAAAAACACAAAAUGUUAAAUAUUUGAACAAAAUGCAAUUGUUGUAAUAUCUGUACAUUAUCUAAAUAAACCAUUGGGACAAGUAAA